AAAUUCAAUCACUGAAACUAGACCAACUAAUAAAGAUCCUUGAUGAGCUAGGACUCACCGGGGUCUGUAAGCACAGAACGGUGAUAUAAUAACUCUAAAGUGCGCAUUAAAUUGCACAUCCCGAAUGAAACAUCUACAUCUACAUCUAACACAAAUACUACAUGAAAAAAUUUCCACUAAUCGGACAAAAUUCCUACAUAUAAGAUUUUUUUUUAAUUUUAAAAGCUACCACACGUUACUAUUGCCUACAAAGAUAAAACUACAAAAUAAAUUACUUUGUAUAACAAGUUCUUAUCAAACCUGUGGUCAUGCGCUCAAAUAAUAAUUUUCAAGACAAUUUUAAAGGUGAACGGCUUUUUCAAACUUUUACGAUUGCAUAAGAAGAAAUUGACAGCAACAACAGAUGGCUCAAAAAGUCGAAGAUUGGAUCAAAAAGAGGGUCGGUCUUUGCCUUCUGUUAAAUUCUAAUACAGUCGGAGAGAAACUCUAUAGUGGAUAUGUCUUCUAUCACUUGCUAAGAAGUUAUAACGUUCUAAGCCCCGAGUCCAUAGCGGAGCCGAAGAAGUUCUGUAGUGCGUACGAUGCGAAGAACAAUUUGAACAACUUGGUCCCUUGGUUAAAGCUGAUCGGUGUCAACCCCAGUUCGCGUUUUCUGGACCAAGUCUCGAGAAAAGAAAAGAAGCACUGCGUCAAGUUGCUUCUGAACAUAUACCGCAGGCUGGAAGACAGUAACUGCAUCCAUCUCAUAACGAAUCAGAUGCAUAAUCAAAUAUUGACGAAAACGACCGGCAAGUUCAAGGUGAAAAAGAAUCUGAAACAGCUCCCUCUAUUCGCUUUCAAACAAAAGAUAAACCAUUUGGAGAUUCCGUUGAUAACACACCAACAAAUUAUAAAAAGGUACAAAGAGCUCAAGAAAAAGCAGGAAGAAGAGUUCAACGAGCAAGUGCGGGUUCGAAGAUUAAAAAUGGCUGAAAGGAACAAAUCUGUUCAACUUGUAAUUCCGAAAUUCGCAAAGAAAUUCGAACCCAAGUCUAUAGAAGGCGGAAACGGGAAUGAUCCGAUUAGGGCGUUCGUCGAUUCCUGUGACGAUCGCAAUUUAUCUCAGGAAUUGUUUUUAAACUGUACACCUCAAGAACACGUGAACUACCUCAGGCAGAAGAAAGUGAACUUUUUUUCCAACGAAUUGCUCAGAUUAAAAAUGCAAAAUAUGCUGCUUCAUGACAUGUGGACGGAAAUCUUGGCUACGAGCGAACGCGAUUUCGAAGCUUUCUUCGAGGAAAGGCUCCGACAACAGUCAGAAUGCGAGAAGAACCUUUGUCUUCGCCUUGCUCGGACGAAUUGCAAUUACAAGAGCUUUUUCGAACAGAAACAAUUGAUCAACGACGUACCAGAAACAGAAGAGGGCUACUGGAAACGACAAUCGAUUAUACAAAAACGAGAAAAUGAUGACAAUAAUGAAAGGAUGCGGUUGCUUGAGUUGCAUCGUAGAUUUAAAGAAGAUAAGUCGAAAAAGAGGGGCAAAUUUAUGGGAGAGACUUGCGAAGAUAUUGUAACCGAUUUGAUAGAUUUGGCUAUAUACCAGUUUGAAACGUUCAAAUCGGCUGGGGUGUCCCCGUCCAAAUCGGCUAUAGCCGAUUAUAAUGGUUUAUUCUACAAGGGUGUCCCUUUUUACGGGUUUCCCGAUGCCACGAUAAUCGAAACAAGCCACGGUCGUAUAAACCGGGAAGAAUACAUUACCAACCGUAUGACUUACAAAGAUAUUAGACAAAUCGAAAACGUUUCUGUUAGGGAUCGAGUAGCCGAGGAGGUUUUAAACAAUUUUCACGCAAAGUCAUAUUUAGACUGUACCGGCUUGUGGAACUUGGGAAACUGCGGUAUGGACCAUUUUAGGGAAAAUGUAAGCAUACACGGAUUCGUCAUUAACCGUCUUUUAGAAUUCAAAUAUCCUUUUCCGCCUCAACCUCAACCGCCGAAAUUCACCCAUUUCAAAAUACGGACUUACUUGAGGAACUUUCACGAUCAAAACUUUAUUAAUCGUCUCUCGGCUCUUCUGAAAAAAUUCCGUGUUGUAGUGGUACGCUUAAACGAUGCGGUCAACUACUGCCUAAAGGUGUACAAAAAGGAAAAACACAUAACUCCGUUUGGACGAACUUUACUGCCGGAAGUAUUGCAAAACGAUUUAACCGCCGCCAGUUCGGAUUUCGUGGCACCCAGUCUGGCCGAGGUACCGAGUGAAGUCAUGGCGGUCGGCAUGGACAGUAAAAAAGCCAGAUACUUCAGGACGAGGUUGGCUCACCAUAAAGCAAUACAAUGCCCAAGCAUCGAAGACUUAAAUAAACGCUUUAAACACAGCAUGCCGGCACUUCUCGGCAAAAUUGCCUUCGAGACUCUUAACAGGGGUGAACUUUUAGAUGAAGUAUUGGCCGUAAAAAUGAUGGUGGAAUACUUGAAAACUUUGACUCAAGAGGAAGGUUUCGUACUCGUCGAUUUUCCGAAUUCCGUUUCUCAAGCUGCACUUUUAGAAUUUCUGAUAACCGGAGUUCCAGUAGAUAUCAAUUUUCCAAUGGAAUACGACGACAAGGAAAUGAUUUUCCACGAGAUGGAGCCUCCCUUAUCGGUGGAUUCCCGACUACUUGUCGACUUCGAGAAUAAGUUCUCCUAUUAUAUAAAUGAAAAAACCUUUGCCGCUCUGGAUAAAUUUUUACCGUUCUUCUAUAAAACGAAAAAGGUAAAGAAAUCAAAACAGGUGGAAGAAGAAGAGGAAGAGGAAAGUUCGGAAGUACAAUCCGGCUCGGCUCCCAAAGUAGCCGGUAAACGGAAAAUUUCGAAAACGUUGAUCCUUAGAAAAAGUUUUUCGACGAAAACAAUAGAACCAGAACAGCCUGUAAUAGAUAACGACUAUUAUUAUGUUCCUAUUUAUCAAGAAAGAGAAAAAGAUAUCGAAAGUGAAGAACCUUCCAUUUCACUCCAGGAUUUAAUGACGUUCAGAAAAUCGAAAAUAUUACCUAGGACGAAACAGGGAAUAAGUCCUCAGGGAGAGCAGAAAUUUUUUUUCCAGUCCUGCAUAACAAAUUUAAAAGAAAAAGCCGGAAAGAAAAAUAGCGAAAAGAAGUGUUCGUCCAUUUUUCGUGAUUUGCUCCCACCGAUUAAAAAACCAAUAAUCGAUGGUCCUGUAUCCUUUUUGAGCAUAUUAGGCAAAAAUUUUGAAAGCAAUACAAGGGCUUCUGGUAGUAAGACUUUGAACAGCUCAAGGAAGGCUUCUACAGUAUUUGAAAUCCCCCUCAAACCCGUGCAUCGAACUGAAGUCUUUCAAUUUCCCACCGAAAAAUCUAGUCAAUAUUUGCUAAUAGACAAGGAAAAAACGAAGACUUGGAAUGAACUUCCAUCCCCUUUGAUUUUAUUCAAGAAUUGCAAUAUACCGAUAACUUUCGUCAAAGUUCACGGGAACAUACCCAUAAAGUCGAUCGCUCGUUUAAUUCUUAAAGAGCCUGAAGAAAAAACACAUCUUUUGAGAAGAAAUUCAGCAGAUUUAUUCGAAUCCGGUCCGUUGAAAGCUUCGACCGUGAAGAAAAAGCAUUUCAGGAGUUAUUCUGAUAUUGACGUAUUAAAAAGGCAAAUCCACGAGACGCCCAACGAAAUGGCCAAAAAAAAACUAUUGGAACCUGUCGAGGCUGAACCCGUUAAGACGUUUACUAAGACUGCUAGAAAGAAGUCGUCGAUAGUCGACCAGCGGAUCAUUCAGGAGACAGCUGCAGCAAAGAUUAACAAGCAAGUGGCCACAACGGAUAAAAGUAUGACGACUAGAAAAUCUGUGGUAAAAAGCGAUCGGAGGCAGAGUAAAAAAGGUGCCACGGCAAAAAGCAGAAAGUCGAGUAUGGGUCGCCGGGAGAGUAAAAGUAGCAAAACCGAUAGUACUAAAAAGUCUAGCAUAGUAAAAGGCGAAGCCCCAAAAAUCGAUGAAAGUGUUGAAUCUUUCAAAUACACGGGUAUUAAGCCGGGAGAAGACGGUUGGAUUUAUCAUGUACAACCAAUACCGGACAAAUUACAAGUUGCCUUGGCCACCAUUUGGGAAGUCGUAGAACACGUCUACCUCAGAAACCUCCAUUCCGUUUUAGAAAUAAUAAAACUCUACCGACAAAAAAUGUCACCGCUCAGAAUAGGAAUUAAAAACAUGAUGAAAGAAUUUCUCGAAAUACCAGAUGAUAAACUGAAUAUGGUGAAUAACUUCCAAUUAAUGGUGAACGCAAUAGACAACGACUUUCGACGAGACGCUCAAUUAAAAGUGGAACUCCAUUACAGAGUGAAAGAGUUACAAGAAAUUCUGAACGAUUUAACUAUUCAAAAAUAUGAAAAUGCAAAGAAAGAUAUGAAAACUCUUUUGCCAGAAGGAUGGGAGACGGCCUUUUGUUACCCCAUUAUAAACAAUUAUUACGAUGUAAUGCAGAUAGAAUGUGAUCGUUACGUGGACACUUUGAAUAUAUUCAACGAUUAUUACACCGCGAUGCUGAUGGGUAGACUUGACGAGUCCAAACUAGAGAAAAUAACCCUGUCAAAAUUGGUGACGCCUGCAGUGCCUCUCCAAGAAUACAAAUCGGAAACGUUGACGGAAACGGAAUCGGAUAUCGUUUUAAGAAAGACUAGAAAAAGAAAACAACGACAAAGUACCAUCAUCUUUGAAGAAGACUUGGCGAUCGGGACCAGCCCGGUGACAAUCAGCAAUUCCAUGCUGCAGGUCGCGAUCGAAGGGACUCUCGUAGAUUUGAUGGUGAAGGCGAGACAAACGCAAACUCGUUUGAACGAAGUCAUCAACGACGAAAAUAUGGGAAAAGAUCUGCGGAUACUCUUGCAGACAAAAGAGAAAGCGGAAAGGGGGAGUAAACAGAAGGCGGCACCAACACGACCUACAAGUAAAAGACGACAAAGUACGAAAACGUCGACGAGCGAAAGACGCCAAUCUAGAAAAAAGUCAACAGGAGGUCGUAGGCAGUCUCAAAAACAUUCAGGAGGAGGGGACAGGAGGCAAUCUGCAAAAAAAUCCAUUACCGGCGGUGGGCGACGCCAAUCCUCGAAAAAAUCUAUUACCGGUGGAGCGCGACGCCAAUCUUCAAAAAAAUCUAUUACCGGUGGAGCGCGACGCCAAUCCUCGAAAAAAUCUAUUUCCGGCGGAGCGCGACGCCAAUCCUCGAAAAAAUCUAUUUCCGGCGGAGGGCGACGCCAAUCCUCGAAAAAAUCUAUUGCAGGUGGAGGGCGACGUCAAUCGCGUAAACAAUCCACUGGUGGGCGUAAAGGAAAAAAACGGGGAAGCAAAGACAUUGGAAGUCACAGAUUAAGUCUACAAAAAGACUUCGACGAAAUAGAUUUUAUAAAAAUGGAAUGGAAGGCGGCUGUACAAAAUGAGCUGGACCGCCUCGCCGUAAGAUUAAAAUUAGUCGAUUGCAGGAUAAAGGAGGAAGUGAAUGAUUUAUUUAAAUUUUCAAUAGAAGCUGCUGAAUUUUUUCGAAAUGAAAUUAAAAUGAGGUAUGAUAGGGAAUUGAGAGCCGUCGAGGAUCUGUGUUUAGUUUUUAAAGCUGCGAUUGAAGACGAAACUCCAAUUCAACCCCUCAUGAUUUUAGACAAAGGAAAGUUUUACAUCGAUCGGAGUAAUCUUCUUUUCCCAGAUCGAUCUCCGCCUCCGCCGCAAUCCUUGGAAGAAGUUAAAUCGGAUAUCAAGUUUACAAUUAAACAGCUGGAAGGGCUUUUGACAAAAUUUAAUUUCAUAUCUCCUUAUAGCAUGGUGCAGGAAUCCUUUAUAUCCAUCAUUGAGGAUUUAGUGCUGGAAUCGUCAAAUAUCGAGUUUUCUUACCUUCCAGCCAAAUGGAGUAAAUUAAGGCGAGCAGACGUGGAGGCAAUCGUGAACAUCGUGUUCGGCAAUCCUGGUAUAAUUCAGUGGAAAGACUUCAUUUUGUUCAACUUGGAUAUCCCAAUGCCGAAACUGGUCGAUUUGUUGGAACUUCGAGACAGGUACAUGGAAAUAGAUACAGAAGGAUAUGAAACUAUUACGUUUGAACAGUAUAUGAACGUACCUCUGUGGUUCGACAGGGAUUUCGGAGAGACCAUAUACGAAGAUCUGCGGAUGGCCCUGGCCAAAGAACUCUUAUUCAAAAUUUUUCAAGUCAGCCCAAAUGAAAUGAACUAUUCAAAUAUGCUGUUGGCGUUUUGCAAAGAUGAAGACGUAUUCGAAGGUUUUAUGAUGGCGUUGAUCCUCGUCGGCAGCCGUCAAAUAGUACAAAACCAAGCUUGUUACCAGGUGCCCUACAUUCCGCAUGUAGAAGGUAAUAUAGUUGUCAAUCAACUCAUGAAAGAAUACUCUAAACAAUUGAACAGAGCUAUCGACGAAGUGGAAGUGAAGGUUUUGUCGAAACACAGAAAUGACCUACUCUAUGGAUCAUAUUUCAACGAGUAUUUGAUAACCGAAGAAAUACUUAAAACCAGCAAUGACAGAACCUUCUCCACCGACUCUCUCGCCGAAGAAACGACUACAUGCAAAACCGACGGUAUCGUUUAUUUGCCCGAUGUGGCUUUGACUGGUAUUUAUAUAGACGGCAGGUGGAAAGUCUGUGUACCAUACAAUCUCGCUUUGACCCUGUUUAUUUCCGGUAUCCAUUCCUACGGAAUAUCCCAAGAUCACCUCCACCGACAAUUAGACAUGGAAAGGAGGCUGAAAUUCCUUUACGACCUGAAAGGAAAAGACGGUUACAUCAAGGCGCACAAUCUUGCGGAUAACGAUAUAUUCAAAGAGAUGUUUGAAACUGUGCAUACCUAUAAAUGGUCCGAUAUCUCGGAACUAGUGGAAAGGUGUAUUACACAAAUAGAGGCCGAAAUGGCAUUCACGCCUGCAGCAGAAUAGACGACUUGAAAAAAGUUUCGUUAAAACGCAUUUGGCGCAACUUUAACAGAUUGUAUUGACCAAGAAUUGGUAGCUUUCCUUAUCCGUUCCGCUUUAAUUUCUGCAAGCAUAUGCAGGGAUCCAGGUGGACGUUGUCACGUAAUGGACGGAUCGGUGACUGAUUAACGAAAAUCUAAAUAAAUUAUUCGCAGUGUAAUGUCAUUUGUAUUCUUUUUUUUAAAUAAACACGUCAUCAAAUAUUAUAAUCA